CAACAGUUCAACACGACACCUCAUUCACCCUCGAGCAUCCUGGUGGCCGCAAACACACCUCACGAUACCUCAACCAGGUGACAACCGAGGCCUCCUGCGCUUUACAAAGUGCGCCUCCUCCACUGCCUUCCGCCUCGACAUCCUCCUAGCUAUGACUUUUCAACAACGACCACGGCAACGGUGACAUGGAUCAAACCCCGCGCCUGCGCAGCGCAUACCCGGCCACGCCGCAGACGAGCAGACGACCGCCGCGCUUCCUCGGCUCUCCUCAAGACACCAAGCGAGGCAGCGCCCCUCUGCGAAACAUCCCCCCCGUCAAACCCGCCUUCUCCCAAUCCACCUCGGUCGACCCUCUCAUUCCUGAACACAUCCUCGAUGCCCCCACACAGCGACUGUUUGUCGUCUCUGCCGCAGUUGCCUUGUGGACAUGGCGACUCUUCGAUUGGGGCACGUUAAGUGAAGCAGAAGAGCAAAGUCUUUGGCUGUUCAUGAAAUGGGUCAUUAUUGAUGGGCUGUUUUUGUUUGGGCUCCCUGCUUUGAGAAUACCAUGGCUGGAGUGGAGUCCGUCCACCAUGCUCAUGCUCUUUGGCUCGCACGCAUUGGUGGAUGGCAUGUUAAUGUUCCGCAUCCCGCUCCCCAUAGCCCCAGCCUUCGCAGCGGUCGGUCGAAGCGUAUGGGGUGCGUAUGAGCUGGCAGUCAACGAGCACAAUGUCAACCCAGACAGUGUGAAGUUCAACGAAUCCCUCAUCCUCGGCCGGCAGAUCAUCCACAUUCUGCCCGAAGGUUCGGCCAUCCUGAACCCCAACAAGCAAGUCUAUUGCAUCGACACCACUCGCACCGAAGCCAAGUUACCCAUCCGAAUCAACUCGACCAAUCCCAUCUCCAUGGAUCUGCUGCGCACCGACCUCGACACCCAAGCCAACGAGACCAUCCACAUCACCAAGGCGCAAAUCAAGACGAUGCACAAGGAAGCGUCGCGGCUAAAUUCUUACAGCGAUAAAGAGUUUGAGCCAAAGACUCUCUACUUCUCGGUGAAGAAGCCCGGGCUGUACGUCCUCUCCAAAGUCAUCGACGAGUCGAAUUUGGAAGUCGCUCGAAAGCAACUCGCGCAUACCGUUGUCGUAUCGUGUCCAAAGGCCGAAGUCCGCCCCUCAACGCCCAAUCAGUGCAAGGGAGAGCUGUCAAAGGUCGAGAUUGAGGUCACUGGCGCACCGCCCUUGACGUUGAAGUACAGAAAGGUGGUCAAUAGGAGCCCUCAAGACGCGACGCUUGAGAACAUUCUUCCCGACGAUUACGCCUCACCUUGGGCAAAGCAUGACCAAGGCGCUUUGAUCUUACCUAACAAGGUCGAUACCAUCUGGGCGAAGAGCCAUCAGAUUUCUGUACCUCUCGCCGAGAGCUUGAGUAGCGCUGGAAAUUGGAGCUACUCCAUUGAAGAGGUUCGCGACGCCUUCGGCAACACGGUGACAUAUACUCGGAAAGAUCACGAAGAGCAGCAGCGUCAACUUGCCAAGGGAUCUGUCCUGCAUCAAGUGAUCAACGUCCACGAACGACCAAUCGUCACCCUACACGGCUGCAGUCCACAGAGGCCGUUGAAGGUGGCGAAGGGCAAGAAGACGAAACUGCCACUCCGGCUUGGAUCAACUGGAAAGGGCGAGAUUAGCGAACCAUACGACAUCGACUACGUCUUCACGCCUGAUGACGACAAGUUAUCGGCCAAGGAAAAGUCUUUCAAGGGCGUGACGGGCGCAAACCAGCAGGAGAUCCAAGAACCUGGGCUUUAUGCUCUCACUGGUGUCUCCACCCGAUUCUGCAGUGGCGAGGUGCUGGAGCCUGCGUCGUGUAUUCUGCAGGUCCCGCCCCAACCACAGCUGGCUUUGACGACCGAAGAGAUAUUUGACAAAUGCGCCGGCAGUCCUAUUGGUCUGCAAGUGGACCUCGAUCUCGUGGGUACGCCUCCGUUUGAAGUCCACUACCGGAUGACCCGUAUUGGCUCCGGUGUCGAAACCAAAGACGUCUUGAGGUUCCCCGAAUCACGGGCGCAGUUCAAACUCAUCCCGAAGCAGGCGGGCCAGCACAGAUACGACUUUUUGGAGAUUAGCGACGCGGUAUACCAGAGACAGAGGUUGUCUGGCAUCUCUCUCGACCAGACGGUGAAGCCGUCAGCCUCUGCGGACUUUGUCAAUGCCUCGGAGCGGAAAUUGGCCUGCAUCGACGAAGCUGUAUCCUUGGAUGUCGCUUUGCAGGGUGACGGUCCUUUCCACAUCGAAUACGAGAUUCUCCAUAAUGGCAGGCGGGUGAAACGAGAGUUGAGCGACGUCACCGAGCAACAAAUAAAGAUCAGCACCGAUCCGUUGACUGAGGGCGGAGAUUACACUCUGGCACUCGUUAGUGUUACUGAUCAAUCGGGCUGCAAGGAGUUCUUGAAAAGUGAAUCUCGCAUCAGCGUUCGCCAUCAGAAGCCCAGAGUCGGCUUCAAAGCCGUCGACGGACAGCGUGCGAUCAGCGCGUUGGAAGGAAAAGCAGUUGAUCUCCCCCUCCGGUUGGAAGGUGGCGAUGGUCCGUGGAGUGUCACGUACGUUGACAAAAGUGGCCAUGAGCGCGGCAUUCAUGUCAAAAACGCAAACGAUCGUGUCACGGUCGCACACGAAGGCACCUACGAACUGACUAGUGUCCGGGACGGGACGUGUCCAGGUGUGGUCGACGAAGCCGCGAAAGAUUUCGAAGUGUCGUGGAUUCCUCGGCCGGAGCUUCGCAUCGCGUCUACGGACAUUGCUGAGCGGAAAGGCGGCACAAUCGUCAAAGCCGAUGUAUGCGAGGGUGACGAAGAUGCGGUGGAGGUUCUCUUCAAAGGCUCGCCGCCUUACAGUGCGAAUUACCAGCUCCAUGUGCAGCCACUCAAGGGCAGCAUGUCUCCGAAGGACCUCUCGCUGCGUGCAGUACAGAACGUUGCUACGCUGCGAAUGGAUACGAAGCUUGCUGGUUUGUACGAGUACCGGUUUAACAAACUGGAGGACUCUCACUACCAGCACAGCUCAAAGCAUUUCAGCCCACUAACAGUGAGGCAACGAGUGCAGCCUCGGCCGUCGGUGGCAUUCAGCAGCCCGGAGAAGACUUAUCGGUUCUGCUCGACAGAGUCGGACGGAGAGCAAGUCAUUCCAAUCACGCUGUAUGGCGUGCCGCCGUUCGACGUCGAGAUUGAAAUCAAGCAUCAUGGAACCGCACGGCCAGAGACGGUGGCUUUGACCGGCAUCACGGAAACGUCGCACAACAUUCGCAUCCCUCACAGUCGUCUGCAAAAAGGCAAGUCCGCGGUAUCGUUGAGGAGAGUGAGUGACGGUCGAGGAUGCAUUCGCAGCCUGGACUCCACCACCCCGCACGUCCAGAUAUCCGUCCACGAUGCCCCGACGAUCAGCCCGCUGGAAGCGCAGACGGACUUUUGCGUCGGAGACCGAAUCAACUUUGCUCUCUCUGGCGUCGCGCCGUUCAACGUCUUCUACAGCUUUGAAGGCGCUGCUCGAAAGGCCGUGGCUAACAGCGCCACCUUCCGUCGCCUCGCGGAGAAGCCAGGCACGCUAGUCGUCACCGGCGUCCAAGACGACGCAAGCCAGUGCAAAGCAACAACAAACAUCACCAAAAACAUCCACUCGCUGCCCUCGGUGCGCGUAUCCAACGGCCGGGACUCCUACGUCGACAUCCACGAAGGUGGCGAGGCGGAGAUUCUCUUCGAGUUUGGCGGCGUGCCGCCUUUCGAGUUCACGUAUACCCGCUCGGCCAACACCGAUAAGUAUGGGCGGUCGGGCAAGGUGCUGGAUACGCGCUCGGAGCACUCGGAGGGGCACUCGUUGAGGAUCCGAGCGCAUGAGGAGGGGACGUAUGAGGUCGUGUCGAUUAAGGAUCGGUUUUGCUCGUAUACCAAGCCGGGGGUGAAGAUGGCUGGGAAGGAGAAGCAGAAGAAAUUGGGGUACUAAGUUUAGGUUGAGGCGAA